GAAACACGAAUCUCGAUGCUAAUCACCGGAGAUCAAGUGGCACGGCGGCGCCUCCUUCAGGCGAUCCUCCUCCUCGCCGCAGUGGCCAUCCCAUGCACUCUCCUCUACCUCAGCACCACGCCAUCCAUCACCUGGUCUCUCCUCUCCAACCCUUCUCCACCGAACUCCUCCUCCUCCUCUUCCUCCUCCUCCUCCUCCUCCUCCCAAGACCUCCGGAAAGUUCUCAAGGCCGCGGCCAUGGAGGACAAGAAGACGGUGAUCUUAACGACGGUGAACUCGGCGUGGAUAUCACUGGGUUCGGUGGUGGAUUUGUUCAUGGAGAGCUUCAAGGUUGGGAAUGGGACGAGUGAGUUGUUGGAUCAUUUGGUGGUGGUGACCAUGGAUGAGAAGGGUUACGUGAGGUGCAUGCAGGUGCACAAACACUGCUUCGCGUUGACCACUGAAGGCGUUGACUUUUCACAGCAGAAGAACUUCAUGUCCGGUGAUUACUUGAAGAUGAUGUGGAGGAGGCUUGAGUUUCUUGGAACUGUUAUUCAGUUGGGCUUUGACUUCAUUUUCUCGGACACUGAUAUAAUGUGGUUUAGAAAUCCUCUACUACAUUUCUAUGAAGAUGGAGAUUUUCAAAUAGCAUGUGACCAUUUUGUGGGCAAUCCAAAUGACUUAAACAAUAAACCAAACGGAGGUUUCAUGUAUGUGAAAUCAAACAACAAGACCAUAAAUUUUUUCAAGUAUUGGUUCAAAUCAAAAGAAAGGUAUCCUGGUGUCAAUGAACAAGAUGUUCUCAAUUUGAUCAAGAAAAAUACAUUUACAAGAGAAUCGGGAGUAAAGAUGAGAUUUCUAGAUACCACUUAUUUUGGUGGUUUUUGUGAACCGAGUAAAGAUUUUGACAAAGUUUGCACAAUGCAUGCUAAUUGUUGUAUUGGUUUAGGAAGGAAAAUUCAUGACCUUCGUCUGAUGCUUAAUGAUUGGAGAAGAUAUAUAUUUAUGAGUCCGGAAGAGAGACAAAGUCGAAAAAUAUCUUGGAGUGUGCCGAAGAAAUGUAGUCUUGCUCCGCUUGGGUAGCAUGCUUGUUGUUUUAUAGCAAUAUUGUUGUGUGAUUUUUUUUUUAAAUUGUGAAUAAUCAAGAGGAUUUGAUGAACAUCCAAUUUGUAUUUUAAUAGUUUUGUGUUGAUUUAUGAUUGUUAAGAUCGAUA